GUUGGGUCCAGGCCGGAGAGACUCAGCAGCUCAGAUUACGACGGUUUCUCCGCCGACGGAAACGCGGGAGACAUCUCCCCCGCCGCAGAGGAGGCGGAGAAGCAGUUUGGCGCAGCUGACGGACAUACUUCGCGAAUGGGGAGGCUCGACGGGGAAAACCGGCCGAGGUAGCAAACAAGCACAGCUGGUAAGGAGGGAAACGUUGGCGGAUCUCGCGAGGAGCCUUCCAUGGGGGCGGCAGCCGAAUGCCGGGGAUCUGCGGAAGAGGCGGGAAUCCUCGGCGGACUCGGGCGUCAAGUCGGGCUCGAACAAGUCCUCGUCGGCCAUCUCGGACUUCAGGUCGGACAUCGCCAAGCUGUGGGGCUCGAGGAGGGAGAGCACGGUGAUCGUGGCGAGCUCGGCACGACGCGGAUCUGGGGAAAGCUCUAGGAGUGGAAGGCGCGACAGCACCGUGUCCGGAUCGAGAAGGGGAUCGGGAGAAUCGGCACGGAGCCACCACCACCACCACCAUCACAGAUCGACGCGGAGGAGGGUUGAACAGCAGAGGCCGAGCACUUCUUCGACCGCGUCCGACACCGGUCAGCAUACUUUGGAAUGCAUCCCAACCCCGACGAUCAUAACCAGUUCGGUGACUCCGCCGUCCGUCUCGCCGUCGGCCCCUCAGACUUCGAGCCCGUUCGGAGCGACCUCUCCGACCGCUGCGGCUCCCCCCUCGGUACCUCCGUCUCAAAAUCAAAACCAAAAUCAGACCCAGAACCAAAACCAAAACCAAAACCAGAACAGUCAGCAACCCACGACCCCUUCGCAGCCGCAUCCCCUCCUCGCCACCCGUCGCGACUCCACGACUCAAGUCUACUACAAAGGUCGCCGGGAUUCGCGGAGCCACGCUUCGCCGGAAAGGCGACCGAGCACCAAAGACGGAAAGUUCCCCAGGCUGACCAGGCAAGGGACUGCCAUCGACGAGAGUUGGCCUGGGCAAGGUCGCCGCGGAUCCCAGCCCACUCUUAGCCCUGAUCCUGAAGAAAUCCAAGGCCGAAAGGCGAGAAGAGAUUCUCUGUCGCCAGACUCUGCCAGUUGCGUCGCCAGUCGACCCUCCAGGAGAGAUUCCAGAGCCAGCCGGUUAAGUCCGGACAGAGGUGGCGAGCGAGAGUCCAGUCCGCGAAGGAGUCGGCUCAGACGGCAAUCGACAUCGAUAAUGGGCAGGCGGGGUUCCAGGUCGCCGAGGUCUCCCGAAUCCUCUUCGACGUGUUCCUCCCGGGACGCCAGCCCUUGCAAACCGCCGCCUCCGCCGACCCACGCGCCGGCCAUCCGGAGGCAGUCGACCACCGAGGAGAUCUUGAUAGCGCGCGGCUUCCGACGGCAAAGCACCACCGAAGAGAUGAUCCGCUGCAGGAAUUUCAGGAGGCAGUCUUCCCAGUCGGACGACUGCACGCGCUACCGCGGUCGAAGAGAUUCCAGCGCCCAGAUCAUCGACGGCACCCUCGCGACGAUGACCGUCGAGACGACGAGCACUUUCUUCGAUUCCAGCACCCAGACUGCAGAAGAAAUUGAACUCUUCUCAACUUCUUCCGUUGAAAUUGCAAAAGGCGAAAUAUCCCAGCCAUCGCCUUUAUAUGACAAUAACCACUACCACGAAGAAUGCCUCAGAUGCAACUCGUGUGGUCUCAACUUGACGGGCGUGAACCAGAAGAGAGCAAGGCGUUUCAAGAACCAGAUUCUGUGUGACCUCCACUUUGCAGAUGUCGCCCUUAUGGAGUGUUCGGAUUUCAUGCAACAGCUGCGCAGUUUCAAGCCGCAAUCGCUAGGUUGUGCAGUGGCCAGGAGGAAGAGCUCAACAACACUGAUAUUCCCCCUGCCGCCACAGGCUUGCUCAGAUGAAAUCUGUGAAGAAUUCCCUCAUAAUCUGAUACCCACGCCUGGCUACUGGAUUGAGUGUUCAAGACAAAAAAUCGCUUCUGACACAAUCUGGGACGAAAGCGAAUCAGAAAGGGAUGAAGAAGGAGGCGAUGGAGGAGACACAGAAGGUGCAGAAGGUGGAGAUGAUUAUCGCCACAAUCGCAAUGACCUUCUAUUAGAAGAUGACGAGGAAGAACCAAGGAAAAAGAGUGUUAUUGAAGAACAGUGGGAGAAGAACCAAUGUUUCGAGCUGACUUCAGUCGAGCAAGAAACAUAUGAGAAAUAUUUCUACAGCCAAGAGCACUGGAAUUACUUUACAAACGACGAAGAUCUCGGUCCGGUUAUUCUGAGUAUCAAGCAGGAAAUGCUCAACGGGAGGGACCAAUUCAGGAUCCUCGUCCGGGCGAUAAGCUACACUGCGCAUGGCCUGAUACCGGCAUCGUGCGUAUUUGCAGACCGGUAUAACAGAGAAGAGGUGGUGAGGUCCCUCGGUAAGGAAGUCAACCUGAACCCUCCUCUGACUCUCGGCCAGCUUCCGGACACUCCAGAAGAGCUUCUCAAACUAGACCAAGUAUUCAUAAAAUCAGAAUUAAAAGUCGGUGUCAUUUAUGUUAAAGAGGGACAGUAUACUGAAGAGGAAAUACUAGACAAUAAUGAAAACAGCCCAUUAUUUCAAGAAUUUUUACAAAUAUUAGGGGAACAGGUUAGGUUAAAAGGUUUUGACAAAUAUAAAGGAGGUUUGGAUACUGUCCAUGAUUUAACCGGUCUCUAUUCGAUUUACAUCAACUGGAGGAGUAUCGAGAUCAUGUUUCAUGUGUCUACACUUCUUCCUUAUGAGAAGCAUGAUCCACAAAAGCUCCAAAGGAAAAGGCAUAUAGGAAAUGACAUAGUGUGCGUUGUGUUCCUUGAGGCGGAUAACACUUCGUUUUCACCUGCCUGCAUCAAAUCACAUUUUUUACAUACGUUUAUUUUAGUCAGGACUUCACCUAAAAUAAAGCGGAAACCGACAAGAUACGAAGUGUCAGUGGUUACAAGAGACGAAGUCGGUGCCUACAAACCCUAUUUAUGGGAGCAGAGCGUAUUUGACAAGGGUCCCAUGUUUAGGGAAUGGCUGCUCACGAAAAUAGUCAACGGAGAGAGGGCGAGCUAUUCGGCACCCAAAUUUGCCAGGAUGCAGGAAAGGACGAGAAGUCAAAUGCUCGAGGACAUUGUCGCAAACUUGGCCAACCACGCCGAAACCGGCCAGAUACCGAAGCCGUACCGGAGAGGCUCCUGGAGGCCGAUAGGGCAUAUGAGGCCGUCCAGCCCUUUAUUAGACUCUGUCCGCGACAGAUUUGAAGAUUACGACCAACUCGCCAAAGAUUUUACAAAAGUGUUUUUAAACUCGGAACCGAAUGUGACGACCAAUGCGAAUCUUUUCGACGUAGUUUUUCUGGUCGGACAGAACAAACAGAAACAGAGCAAAUUGAUAGGCGUAAGGGCGAUCCUCGGUGUUCGUAGCAGAGUUUUCCAAGAGAUGCUUUAUGGAAUAUCAACUGGAUUCGGCUCUCCGCAAGUCCCUGUCGCAGAACUGUUAGCAAGAGCUGUUCCUUCACUUCCCAGCCCUCAAAAACCAAAAAGUUCAAACUUUCUUCAAGUGCCUGAUAUCGAAACACCAAGACCAAAAAGUGUACCUAGUUCGCCUAUGGUGAAAAGAGCGUUUUCAAGAUUAGGUACGCUGACAGCUGGAUGGGGCAGGUCGAUAAGGAAACAACACUCCCACCUUUCUGCAGAUGAUAAAAAGAAAUGGGCAUCUUCGCAAGACUGUUCGAACAAGGAAGGCAAAGAGAAAGACAAGGAUAAACAGACUCCGUCCCAGCUUGCAGUUCCAAGGCUUAGUGUUUGCGCAGAUGUUCAAAAGGUCGACAGGGCCAAAUUAGCACAAAUUGAAUUUUCGAUAAUAGAAUUUGAUGCCGAUACUUUUAGAAUAUUGUUGGAUUAUUUACACACAAGUGCUUGCCCCUUAACAUGUUCCAACAUACCCGGGUUGAUAUGUGCAGCAGAGCAUUAUGAUUUGCCCGAACUCCUACAAGCGUGUUUCCAUCAUGCUAAACAGUUUUUAAGGAUCGAUGUGGUGUGCAUCAUGUUGUGCUCUUUGGAAAAUUAUUAUUGGAGGUACACCUCGGCUUCUGAACUCGUUAACAUGAUAUUAGCGUUCGUCGAAACCAGGGCCCAUCAGCUCUUCCCGACUCCAGAAUUCUUGACACUCUCGGAAUCGAUGGUACAGAUGAUCAUGUGCAGGAACCUCGAGAUACCCGAGGUGAAAAAGUUCGAAGCGAUGCUCAGCUGGGCGAGGCACAAGAUCAAAACUAAAACGUCGAGCAAAAUCGAUGCAAAAGUGGAAUUUAAGUGCAUCAUGGAGAGACUAGCACGAGACUUAAAGCUGUACAGAAUAACACCGCAUGAGCUCAUCAAGAUCGUCCUGCCAAGCAAAGCAAUAAAAAACGAAAGGAUUCUGGAGACGUUGAUGUUUCAAGCGAACUCUGGCAUGUAUCGGAUACAAGAAUGCGAUUUGGAGGCGUGCCAGAGACGGCUGCAGAAACAGGAUUCAAGGUUCAGUGAGUGGGAUUCCUUUGAUUAUGAAUUUUAAUUCAUCAAAAAAAAAACCAAAAUUCACACCAAAAAAAUGUGUUCUUUCCUACUUGAGAAGCAUUUACUUAUUUUUAAGAUUGUUAAAAUCAAUUAGCUGACUAACACUGAUCGCAGAUUUGGCGUAUUUUGUUUUACCUGUGGAAACGAACAAAACUUUCCGAAACGUUUAAUUUAUUAAGAUCUAAGAGAAAAUGGAAAUUUGUCUAUAUGAAGUUUCAUUUUUCAUUCGAGUUAUAU